GCAAGGGGGGGACAAAAAGGGAGACAGAAGCCGCUUUCGUAAUUUUUACGCACCAAUCGUGUAGAAACCAAUAACGGAAUACAAGGGGACAGACAGAUUCAGUCAAUACUUCAAUACUGUUAUGAAGCGAGAAUGAGUAGCGCAGAAGACAGCGGGAGCAAGUGCUCGUCGGGCCCGAUUUCCAGCUUCACCAUCCAGUCUAUUUUGGGCACGCCGUCCGAUGCGCCGCGCUCCGGGACCAAAGAGCUCUCCAAGGGGCCGCCGCCACCGCCGCCGCGGAGGCGCUCACUGUCGGUGUCCUCCGAGGAGGAGUGCAGCGGCGGGGAGGACUCGGCAGACUGCUUCUGCUCCGACACGGGUCACAGCGAGCCAUGCUCCCAGCACCAAGCCCAUAACUUCUCGUGUUUAGGUCCCGCUAAAGGACUUCUGUCUGGAAGCGACGCGCUCGGGCGGCGGCCGCACCUGCCGCAGCCGCUGCUGCAGGAUUAUAAGGAGGAGCGGGAGAGACCGUGCCAUCAAAUGUCACCGCUGUCCGAGGAGAGACAGACGGACGGUGCCGCGGACAAGCAGGGCAACUCAGCCAAGAAGAAGACGCGCACGGUUUUCUCCCGGAGUCAGGUGUACCAGCUGGAGUCCACCUUCGACAUGAAGCGGUACCUGAGCAGCUCGGAGCGGGCCUGCUUAGCCUCCAGCCUGCAGCUGACGGAGACUCAGGUCAAGACGUGGUUUCAGAACAGGAGGAACAAAUGGAAACGGCAGCUAUCAGCUGAACUGGAGGCGGCCAACAUGGCCCACGCCUCGGCACAGACACUAGUGGGGAUGCCGCUGGUUUUCAGAGAUAACUCCUUACUGCGCGUCCCGGUUCCCCGGUCUAUCGCCUUUCCGACGCCCCUGUAUUACCCGGGGAGCAACCUGCCAGCGUUACCUUUAUACAACCUGUAUAACAAGAUCGAGUACUGAUUGACUCUGCUGUAUGUUCACCUGCAGUCCACGUAAAAAAAAAAGAAAAAAAAAACGCAGUACAAAACAACAUUCUCAUAAGUGUCUCCACAUAACCG